GAACAGCAGGUUUAGUAUCCUGGAUAGAUGUAGAAACCAGCCUUGCACAACAGCAUGUUUUAGAGUUUUAGCAUUUUUUAGCCCUCUCCACCUUGCCACUCCGAUUCCUCUGAAACCCAUGGAACAACAGAUACAUGGUCAGCUGUACAAUACAGUAGGAUCCUGCAAAGUAAUGGAGACCAAUGGGUAAACAUGUUGACCUUCUGAGAAUGAACGUCUCAUCUUGGAUACGGGACAUUAUCAAAACUUUCAGUGACUUGGGCUUGGUCAUCAACACAGAAGGAAGAGACAAGGAACAGAUUCUCCAAAAGCCAGGCUGUAAGUCAACUCACAAUGCUUAAUUCCAUGAGGUUUUACUUCUUUGGCUGCACCAUCACACUGACCUGCUUCAUACUGUCCUUUCACUGGUCACGGAGUUUACACUGGUCUGAGAAGCCUCUCCAGAAGAACAUGGAGGAGCACCCCCUCCCCAGUGAAGGCAAGUUGCCCCGAGAUACCAUUACACCAUUAAAGGACAACAGAACAUAUAUAAUUGCUCCAUACUAUGACAACAGACAGAGAAACAUCAUUCGGACUUUGGGCAUUGUUCACCAUUCUGAAGUAAAAGAACUCUACUGCUACUUCUUCUGUGUAAAUACCACCGUCCUCCAGGUUAAAGCAACCAUAGAUCUCCAUAAAGACCGCUUUGACUUUGUCUAUGGUCUGGCAGAUAUCAUCUGUGAUGAUCCAGUAGGCUGUAGCUCGACCCAUGUUGCAAUUGAUAGGUCUCCGACUGAAAACAUUUCAGAUCUUAUCAAUUUUCCCAUACAAAACAGGGUACGGGGCAAACCUACUGCCAAAUUCACGGUCUGUUUCUCCGCCAUGUUUGGGAAUUACAGUAACGUCCUGCAGUUCAUCCAGACCAUAGAAAUGUAUAAGAUACUGGGCGCCCAAAAAGUCAUGAUCUACCUUAACAAUUGCAGCCGACAGAUGGAGGAGGUCCUUCAGUACUACACCAAGGAAGGGAUGGUGGAGGUGAUCCCCUGGCAGAUACAGCAAUAUCUCAAACCAUCUAAAAGGUGGCGAUAUCCCAACAAUAUCACAGAAAUUGGUUAUUAUGGGCAGCUAUCCACACUAAAUGACUGUAUUUACAGGAACAUGUACUCCAGCAAGUUUGUUGUACUCAAUGACCAGGAUGAAAUCAUUCUGCCCUUCAAGCACCGGACUUGGGACAACAUGAUGGAAAGUCUUCAACGGGAAAACCCAGACGUUGGAAUCUUCCUCUUCGAAAACCAUAUUUUUCCCCAAACUGAGGUUUCCGAUGGAAAUUUCACCAAUACAUCUUCAUGGAAUGAGGUCCCAGGUUUUAACAUACUGCAGUUUAUACACCGGGAACCAGACAGACCUAAUAAAUUCAAUGCCCGAAAAAUGAUAGUGGAUCCGAGGGCGGUGAUCCAAACGUCUGUUCACUCCACCCUGAAACAGUACAGAAACUCUAUAUAUGUCCCCCUAGAAACUGCCCUGGUCUAUCACUGUAGAGGCCCCCUGCAGCACAAAUUAAACAGAUCCUCUUUAAUCAAGGACAACAAUAUAUGGCGCUAUAGCGAGCCCCUAAUUAGUAAUGUUAAUUAUAUGCUAAAUCAUUUUUUAAAAUCUUUACAUUCAGAACCACCCAAAGUGGGUCCAUCUAUUUCUCAUACACAUUUCAAUAAAUCCAAAUGAAUAGUAACCGUGUUUAAACAGUUAACAUAAUGAAUUUGAUACAGCAGCGCCACCUGCUGGUCAGCUUGAACCAGCUACAGUUGGCUGAAAAUGAAUUUCCUGAGAAAAGGAAAGUCUUGUGAUAAUGUUGAUCUGCUUAGAACUGACCAGAGAAACCUCAGAUGACUCUUUUCUGCUCACUAACAUCAUUAUAUCAGCAGAGCAAUAUCAGAAGUCAUUCCUUUUCUCAGGAAAUUUAUUUUCAGCCGGCUGAUAUGACCAACAGGUGGCACUAUUGUAAUGUUUCACAAUACAGAAUGACCCAUGUCACAAGUGUUUCAUAUAGCAAACGCCAUAUUGCAUGAAAUAAAUUUUUAAGAAAGUUUGGCAACUUUUUUAUGGUAAGGAGGCACCGCUCGAACACCCUGGCCUUCAAACCUAGACGCCUGGUGCACGAUGAAGGAGGGAUCAGCACCAACCCAAUAUUACGUAGAAGAAAGGAUUUCACUGGCAUUCGAAGGCCGGUGCAAACAGGGAUAUACCCUUGCAGAAAGGUGCCCCUUUAUUUAUACCUGCUUACACCAGCCUUCGAGUGCCAGUGAAAUCCUUUCUUCUACCUGACUUUUUAUGGUCACAUGAAGACAAGGAGUGUGUAGGUUCUCCCCCAUGUCCUCUGGAUUUCCCCACACCCCAAAGAUACAGGCAAACUCAUUGUCCCUAAUUGUGAAUGUGCAAUUUAGAUUGUAAGCUCCACAGGGGCAAGGAAUUCUGGGAAUGAUGACUGAUCUUUGUGCUGCAUAAA